AUGAAGUUCACCGGCUUGUUCACCCUGGCCCUGGCCACCACCGCCCUGGCCACCCCAGCCAAGCGCCAGUCCUCCCCCGCCGACAUCAUCGACACCAUCUCCGGCCAGGUCGCCGACCUCAACUCCGCCGUCGACUCCUACAGCGGCGGCGACCCCUCGGCCGUCCAGUCCGCCUCGGACUCCCUCGUCAGCACCAUCAACUCCGCCGUCGAGCAGGUCAACAGCGGCCCGGACCUCUCCAACUCCGACGCCCUGGCCCUCACCUCGCCCAUCCAGGACCUGACCGACGACGUCGAGUCCGUCGUCAACAAGAUCAUCGACAAGAAGGACCAGUUCGUUGAGGCCGGCGCCGGCGGCGCCGUCAAGUCCUCCCUGAACGACCAGUACACCGCCGCGUCCUCCCUCGCCGACGCCCUGACCUCCAAGGUCCCCAGCGCCCUGUCCGACAUCGCCGCCGAGCUCUCCGCCGGCAUCACCGCCGCCAUCCAGAAGGGCAUCGACGCCUACAAGGAUGUCGAGGAGGGCGGCAGCUCGUCUACCUCUGCUACUUCCACUGCCACUGCCACCGAGACCUCCACCGGCUCUGAGACUGAGACCGCCACCUCCACCGAGACUGACGCGCCCACUUCCACCUCGUCUACCCCUGUCAUCCCCACCUCCACUGAGUCCUCCGGCUCCGAGUCCACCCCCACCAGCUCCCCCUCCGAGACCCCUGCUGGCCCCGAGUUCACCGGUGCCGCCUCCAAGGAGCGCUUCUCCCUCGUCGGCGGUGCCCUUGCCGCCGUCGCUGUUGUCGUUGCCAUCUAA